GAGAGCCGCUACCUCAUUCCGCCUUACGCACAAAUUCCUCUUUGUUACUAAUAUACGUAAAAUCCCGGCCAAUAGUUGAUCAUGUCCUCUUGAAAACGCACAGACGCUCUUCCAACACGUACGUAUAUGGUAGUCACAAGCCGUAGGUUGUCGAGGGGCCUCCCACGUGGGCGAAGGGGCGCUUUGGAAGAGGGCGGAAAUAUGGUGGGCGGGAGAGUGAGGGGUGGCAGUGCCUGUGGCAGGGAGGCCAGUUGCUUUUUGGCUGUGGGCGCCGGCAUAUGGUUACGUGUUCAGCUGGUUUGUUAGCAUUGGAAAGCAGUUUUAGUUUAGUUUAGCGGAGGGGUUUAUGCCCCCGGGAUUUUCGUAAAAGGGUGUUCACUGUUUGUGUUGUGGUCGACUGUUUGUUGUGGCAGCGCUGGCGAGGAGCUAUCUCGUGAUUCGCACGUCGCUGUAAGUCAGAAGCAAGAUGUGGGUCGAGGACUCGCAGAAGGACGGGGAUGGAGUCAAGGUCAAGGUGAAACUGAAGCCGCGGUCGAAGGAAUCGGACAAGGCAGCCGAAGAGGCAGACGGCACCAGCAAAAGCAGCAGGGAGAGGUCACGCCUUCGCGACAGCCCUCUGAGGCCCAUCGUGUCGUGGCGAAGCGAGGUCAGGACGGCAGGUCAGGGGUCGGACGCAGCGGCCAAGGACAUCCCCGACGGCGUCAAGGACCUCAUCAAUCGCGUCAAGUUCGACACCUCAGCCAGCGACCUCCUGCGGCGCAUCAAGGCCGAGAACCGCGCCCCGUACAACCCCGAGGCGAACCUCAGGAAGUCGUCUCACAGGGACGACGGCGAUUACGGGAGGUACGACUCCAGGGGGGGGAGGUACGACCGCGGGGGCAGCAGGUACGACUCCUCUUACCGGAACUGGCACGGUAACGACGACCCAUAUCGUCGCUCCUACGACUCCUACGACGACAGGAAAGGUGGCAGCAGACAUGACGACAACAGGGCAUACAGUAGAUACGAUGUGGAUGAAAGGCCUUAUUCAGGAAGGUAUGACACCGAUGACAGACCAUAUCGCAGUAGAUAUGACAGCGACGAUAAACCAUACCGUGGCAAGUUUGACAGCGACGAUAAACCAUAUCGUAGCAAGUAUGACACCGAUGAGAAGCCAUAUCGUAGUAGAUAUGAUACCGAAGAUAAACCAUAUCGUAGUAGAUAUGACACCGAAGAUAAACCAUAUCGUAGUAGAUAUGAUACCGAAGAUAAACCAUAUCGUAGUAGAUAUGACACAGAUGAUAAACCAUACAGUAGCAGGUAUAAUGCAGAUGAUAAAUCAUAUCGCAGUAGAUAUGAAACCGACGAUAAACCAUCGCGCAGCAAAUAUGACUCUGAAGACAAACCGUUCCGUAGCAAAUAUAGCAGUGAAGACAAGCCAUAUCGGAGCAAAUACGACACAGAAGAUAAACCAUACCGUAGUAAGUAUGACAGCGAAGAUAAGCCAUAUCGUAGUAAAUAUGACUCGAAGGAUAAGUCGUAUAUCAAUAAAUAUGAUACUGAAGAUAAGCCGUAUCGCAGCAAAUACGACACUGAAGAUAAGCCAUACAGGAGAAAAUACAAAACAGAUACACUUUCAAACGAGAAGAAAGAUGACGGCGAGGUUUCGUCCCCGUCCAAGACUAGCGAUACAAAAGAGGCACCACUUGAGGAAGGCAAAGGGAGUGAUAGGUCGGGUCAGGUCAAACCAGAUUCCACGAAAAUCGAGACAGAGGAAGGACAGGCUACUAAAGACACUGUGGCGGAAGUCAAGGGUUCUGAGCCUCCAGUUGAAAGAAGUUUAGACGACGAAGGAGGUGUCACCAAGACUACGGGGUCGCGUCCCGAUGGAAAGAAGACAGGAGACCAAAACAAACAGGGUGAUGAGUUAACAGGCACAGAGUCCCACGGCCAUGGCUCAGAGGAGCAACAUUUACCCGGGAAUGAAAUGCCGGAAGGUGGUGGACCUGACGAGCAAUGUCCACAAGAUCAAAAAUCAGGGGACGAUUUAACAACGGCUGAGUCUGACCAUCAGACUUUAAGGGACAAAAACAUAUCAGAAAAUGAAAACGUAGAGUCAGAAUCUGAUGGACACGUUCUACAGGAUAGAAAUGCAUCCGGAAUCGAGUGUAGGGCUGACUAUCAGAGUUCACAGGAUCAACUUAUGCCAGAAAGUGUACAUGGUGACAAUACAGUGUCUAUGGCUCCGUCAGCGACCACAGCCGAUGAUAAUGCAAGUUACAGCGCAACCGCUGCUGACACUAACAUGACUGAAGCGACCUCAUUGACUGCUGUCAGUGAUACAGGAUACACAUCAACCGAGGCCGAUGUGCUAGCUGACUUGCCCUCAGUGUCAACAGUUAAUAUGACGAAUGAUUACUCCAUGUUAACUGACAGUGAAACAAUGACCCGAGACCAAAAGAUGACAAAUGGUGACACUGCAAAAGAUAUACCAGACUUGACCAAAGAUCCCACGGGAUGUAUGCCUGAGAUAACCAAUGACACUAUUAGAGAUGUCUCUGAACUCCCGAGGGACGAUACCACGAGAGCAGUACCACAGCUCACGAAAGAUGAUACUAUGCGAGAUGUUCCUGAGCUAGUAAGUGAUAUCGCAACAGAGAUGAAAGAGGAUGCGAAAGAAAGUGCAAUAAAAGAGGAAUUGCAAGGAAGAUAUCAAGAUGAUUUGGAGGUAGAGACUCCAGUGGGAAACGUUAAGAAUGUAGAAAUAAAUGUUCUUACAAAUGGCCAAGAGAAGACACCAAAAUCUGUGGAAUCAACGGUACAGAAUGAUGCAGCUGCCAAACCUACAAACAGUGUAACGCCCAGGAACAUUGAAAUAACUCUACUAACAAAUGAUGCAGAGAACAGUCCAAAAAGAGGAGAAUUACUAACAGAAAACACGGCAACAAUUUUAACUGAAAAGGGUCGAUCAUCACCAUCACAGAUGAAUGGCAAAGACGUCCCAGUUCUCACAAAAGUAAAAUCUUUCAAAGAUGUACAAAUAGUGGUUGAAGGAAAAAACAUCAAAGACAUACCAAUAAUGGUGAAAGGAGAUGACGUACCAAGAAUUUCUGAUGGGAAAGUUAUCAAGGAUAUUCCCAUUACCAUAGAGGGGAAGGAAGAACCAAUAGUGCGGGCAUGCAGUGCUGCAAGAGAUGUUCCGAUAACAAUAGAAGGAAACGAUCCCCAAAACCAACAAAAUAUGACAGAAAGCCAUGUUAAAGAUGUGCCCAUGGUGAUAGAAGGUGAUGGCAAGAGAGAUGUAACUAUCAGAAUAGAAAGGGUAAAAGAUGUGCCAGCUGCAGCAGAUGCUGAGAAAAUUGAGCCAGUAUCAUUAGAGGCUAUGGAGAACGACCUGGAAGCAGUAGGCACUGAGGACGAAAGUCGGGAUGAUCAGAAAGUAACCGAAAGAGAGGUACCAAUAAUUGUUGAAGCUGAUGGCAUGACCCUAGAAAGAAAUGAUGAACAGACUUUAGAAGAUAACUCAGACCUUGGGCAAGAUUCCAACGGAGAUGUGUCAGCGCUGAGUGUGUCAAAGGGACGCGUGAAGGCGUCCACCCCGUCUUCGAGGUUUCACGAGGCAGCGUCUUCGGGAGAUGUAACGACGAUGCUGACUUUGAUGACAGAAGGAGGCAUAGACGUGGACAUUGCAGACGACAGGGAGCGGACGGCCUUGCACGUUGCAGCAGAUAGAGGGCAGCUUCCGGCGGUUUUGUUUCUGAUCGAAAAGGGCUGCAACGUCAACCAGACGGACUCCGGCAGGCGGACGGCCCUGCACUACGCCGUGGAGGUCUGCGCCGUGGAGGUCGUCGCGGCGCUGCUGGAGGGCGGGGCGGCGGCGGACGUGCGGGAGCGGGCGCGCGGGAGGACGCCCCUGCACCUCGCCACCGUGACCAACUCCUUGGAAAUCCUCAAGCUCUUGCUCAAGCCCCUGCUGGAGGACCCUUGGCAUGCUCGCAGUGUAUUGAAGGUCGCAGAUAAGGACGGACUCACACUGCUCCACCUGGCCGCCCACGGGGGACUCCAGGAGGCCACCCAAAUCCUGAUCUCCGCGGGCGCUGAGGUCAACAUCACAGACCAGGCAGGGUACACGCCCAUGCACGCGGCCAUAUUGAGCAGACAGAGGAAGGAAAAGAUUUGUUCGUCCUUGCUGGAGCUGCUCCUAGACUCAGGGGGCGACCUGCAGAGCGCGGGCGGGGCGGAGUUCGCGACCCUGCCUCACGCCGCCGCCAGCGUGGGAUGUACGCGCUGCCUCGGCGUCCUGAAUUCCCGGGGCGCCGACCUCGAUUGCAAGGACUCCUCAGGGAGGACGCCUCUCCACUUCGCCGUCGAGUACGAGCACCCCGAAACGGUGUCCUUCCUGCUGGGGCGCAACGCGGACGUCGAGGCGCAGGACAAGCGCGCCAACCGGCCGCUCCACUACGCCAUCGGGACCGACUCGCCUCGCCUCGUGGCUUCGGUCCUGGAGGCGAGCCCGCAGAGGGACGCCCGGGACCGCGACGGACGCACGUACUUCCAGCACGCCGUCGAGAGGAGGAAGUACCGCGCCCUCGCCGUCCUUGCCAAACACGGCAUCACGGCAGUGCCAGACGACCAGCCAGCCAUGCAUUACUGCGCCAGCGCCGGGAGCCAGGCGGCCGUCGAGGUUCUGCUGGAGAACGACCACGACGUCAACGCCACGGACGCUCAGGGGCGGACCCCGAUGCACCAGGCGAUCUGCGCCGGCCACGAGAGCCUCGUCAACUUCCUCCUGUCGAGCGGCGGCAGCAUUCGCAGGGCUGACAAGAACGGCGCGACCCCUCUGCACUACGGCGUGAGGUGGGGCGGCUCCGACGCCCUUCUGCGCCGCCUGGUCAAAGGGGGGAGCGUGGCGGCGGUCGACAGGCUCGGACGCACGCCCUUGCACUAUGCGGCCAGCAAGAGCUCCGUCAUGUCCGACAUGUACAUCCUGAUCAACAACGGUGCGCCCCUCAACACGCAGGACAACCGCGGCCUGACGCCCCUCCACCUGGCCUCCCGCCUCGGCAACGAAUCCCUGGUGAGGAUCCUGCUCGACAACAACGCUCGCCACGACAUCCUCGACGUCGACAACUUCCUGCCGAUCGACCACGCGAAGGAGAAGGGCCACAUCUGCAUCAUCAACCGCCUGGAGAGCUACGCGGCGAAGAAGGAACGCGAGAAGGACCCGCGCUUCGGACUCUACACCAGGAGGACGGACGAGGAUGAGGUGCUCAUUCAGAGCCGCUACAAGACGAAUAUUCCUUGGUACGGCAGUGGCAAGAAGGGGUCCGAUAGUCCGGAACUGUGAAAGGAGAGCCUCCGAUAGUCCGGCAUUAUAAUAAGGAGAGCCUCUGAUAGUCUGGAAUUAUGAUGAGGAGAGCCUUCGAUAGACCGGAAUUAUGGUGAGGAGAACCCUCGAUAAUCCGGAAUUAUGAUAAAGAGAACCUCCGAUAGUCCGGCAUUAUGAUGACGAGACCUCCAGUAGCCCGGAAUUUUGAUGAAAGUCUCCUAUAAUCCGGAUUUGUGACGAAAACAACUUACGAUAGUCCGAAAUUUUGACCAAGAGUCUCCGAUAGUCUGGAAUUGUGACGAAGAGAACCUCCGCUAAUUUUGAUAAAAUCUCUGGCAGUCUAGAAAUGUGAUGCGGAGACCGAAGCCGAAGAUCGUCGAAUCUAAGAGGUUAACACGGCUUUCAGAAUUCGUUGGAUUUUAGUAGCUUUUCGUUGUAGUGUUUUGCUGAUGGGGGGCAAUACGUAAUGACUAAAUGACGACUUGAGCAAGAAAGAAUAACAUAAAAAAAAAAAAAUGAAAAGUAAAUAUGAUAUCAACAUUUAUAUUCAAGUGACUGGUGGUAUAACAUUUGGUCAUAUGUAUAAAGAUGGAUCGAGGAAACUGCACAAUUUCUAUAGCUUUCUGAUAUGGUAUUUCGGUGAUCACGAUAAUAGUCCUCAAGCCAAUGCGUCAUAUUUCCAUGGAGACCAAUUUUCAAUUCUAAACAAACUUGUACCGACAUGGCGCUGUCUAUAUCGAGCAUCUUAAAUUUCUUUAAAAAUGAAACUAGAUCAAUCUCUCGGGGAGAGGACCACUACAAAUUUAAUCAUAUUAAUAGUUUUACAUGUAUACUUAGAGGCAAAGUCCAAGCAAGCAUAAAGAAGGUGUAUGAUGUAACGGUGA